GACUUUGAGUUAACACCGGUCUGAAGUAUUUUCAUAACUAAAACUCAAAGAUGGCGGCGCUGGUUGCUGCAGGUCCUCGUCUUGCUGCGUUUGGUACCUUUUCAAAAAGACCUAUUUCGUUAAUCACCGCUCAGAGCUGUCUACAUCACUUUACCAAAAAUGAGAAUGCCAACAGUUUGGUUCCAGUCAGAGAGAAUAGCACUGCGGUUGCUGCAGCCAAACCAGCUGCAGUAGCCACCAGCAAGGGGGAGUAUGUCAUCACCAAGCUGGAUGAUCUAGUGAACUGGGCACGCAGAAGCUCCCUCUGGCCCAUGACAUUUGGACUUGCAUGCUGUGCUGUGGAGAUGAUGCACAUGGCUGCUCCCCGCUAUGACAUGGACAGGUUUGGAGUGGUGUUCAGAGCCAGUCCCAGGCAGUCAGACGUCAUGAUUGUUGCUGGAACUCUGACCAACAAAAUGGCCCCAGCUCUACGGAAGGUGUAUGACCAGAUGCCUGAGCCAAGAUACGUAAUUUCCAUGGGAAGCUGCGCCAAUGGUGGUGGCUACUACCACUAUUCCUACGCUGUGGUCAGAGGCUGUGACCGCAUUGUACCAGUGGACAUAUACGUUCCAGGUUGCCCGCCGACUGCCGAGGCACUUUUGUACGGGACUUUACAGCUGCAGAAGAAAAUAAAGAGGGAGAAGAAAAUGAGGAUCUGGUAUCGCAAGUGAUAUCAUGCACAUGUAUGACUUUGUAAAUGUUGUAUUUAUGGGUGAUCUUGUCACGCAGGGAACUGGUUGGCAAUAUAUUUAGGAGUGACUCUUUGAGUUCAGGCUCCUCUUCAAUCUAGUCUAAUAAAAUGAGUUUCUUGUC